AUGUCUGCCCAAGGAACCCUAAGUGCCAAGUUUACACAGCAGCGCGCGCGCUUUCUAUGCCUCAUUCUAUCGACACAACUUCAGAUUGAAUGUGUCCUCUCACCAUUUGAGCAAUAUACAUGGAAUGCAUCCGGAAUCUGUAUCCUACUUGAUUGCUAUAUGGGAAUUAUGGAGAACAAUGAAAUCGAGUACGUAACGACUGGCUCUUGCCUUACUGCAUGGACCCGCUCGAAACCGUUCUUUAUCUCCCCGAACCUACAGUUCGGUGAACUUAUCGUAACAUCCCGCAGUCAUAACUCCAUCACUGUUCAGUUCCCUAGUGUGGCUGGAUAUUCAGGAGGACCUUUGAACGGCUUUUAUCUGGUUGUUCGUCCAGACAAUGUUGUUCAGCUUCCAACGUCACAACUUCGCCAAUCCCCCCCACCGGCAUACAAAAUGGAAUCUCACAGUAUCUUACAAGGUGCGCAUAUUCCGUACUUUUCCAACACACGGCCUACCAAGCCAAUCGAAAUCGGAUCGGGCAGAUAUGUGGGCAGAUAUCCGUCAUCCCCGGUCCAGCUAAAUGCGGAUUUGCUAGCCAAUCCCCCACUGGAUCCAAAUGUCACCUACUUAGUAUUCGCCGUCGUGCAGAGCGUUGUGGAUAUCCACGUCGAAGAUGCAAUCGCGGACACUGUUGUUUUGCAAACCCGUUCUAUCUUAUCUGGUUUUGUACACGCUUCCACGAAGGAAGCAACACCGGCACUGGUUGGUGGUCUACUCGGAGGCGUACUCCUCGCUAUUUUUCUAACGUUUCUGGGAUGCCUCAUGUAUCAUUGUUUUACACACACUGGUUCCUUAUUGGUGCGCACUGACCAACCUCAGAAAUUCCCCUACAACAAAGAGACAAAGAAGCUGAAAAAAGGUCGAGAUGAAUUCAGCUGCUUUAUGCCCAAAUCCUAUGCUUGGUGGAGCAUUCCAGUUGAUGUUCGAGAGCCACGUUACCUAAUCAUAGACCCAGUGAACGGACCUGCAAGCACUCUCACUGGAACGUGGGCGAAAAAAGAUUUGGCGGAAGUAUUUAUGCGUGAGUACACAAGUAUCGCUUUGGGAUACAAAUACAGUCAUCACAAAGGCGAAUCAAAGACAAACAGAAUGAAGAACCGAACUCAAACUGUUCUUCCUUACGACCACAAUCGAGUGAUUCUCCGUCGAUCUGCAGACUCUAGUGACAGCGAUUACAUCAACGCCAGUUUCAUCGACGGAUACAUGCGCCGUCGAGCUUACAUUGCAGCUCAGAGUCCUUUCGAUACCCCCACAACCUCCGAUUUCUGGCUGAUGAUCUUUCAGCGCAGCGUUGCACAAGUAGUAAUGCUUACUGGUUUGGUCGAAGACGGGAUGCUAAAAUGUUGUCAAUACUGGCCGGAUGUUUAUCCCAAGUUUGGUGCCAACUCUCAGACUGGUUCUGGAGACAUUUGCGGUUCUUCAUGCCAGUUUGGGAACUUGCUUAUUCGAGCAAUUGAUCGGGUGGAGCAUGCUCACUUUACAGUGCGUCACUUUUCAAUAACACACGUGCUAAAUGGUCGGACGCACCACUUGGUUCAGUACCACUUUCACAGUUGGAUAACACCCGAUGAACUUAUACAAGUCAACAAAUCUGCAAAAACCGAACACAACACCGCUAAUCCGGAUGCUAUGCAGGAUGAGAUUGCGGUUACAGUGUCCGAUUUGUUCACAAGCACUUCAGCGUCAUCUGAUGCUCGAUUCGAUCCCCUUGCCUUCAUUGAGUUUUACUAUCGUGUGAAAACUGCCUCUUCACCGGAAGAUGGACCUGUGUUGGUGCAUUGUGGAACAGGUACAGCACGCACAGCCUUGUAUAUCGCCUUUGAUACGCUCCUCCAGCAAGCUACUCACGAACGUGUGGUCAGUGUAGCCCGGGUGUGUGCAUCAGUCAACAAAGCACGUGCCAACAUGUUCUGUUCAGCAAUGCAGUACAUGUUACUAUACGACCUUUUGUUCGAAGCACUGCUUGCCGGGCACAGCAUCCUGGAUUUUGACGUCCUGAGUACCUAUCGCGCGCUUUGUCAGAAGAAUCUCAAACUCGGUCACACUUAUUUAUGGGAACAGUGGUCCGUGUUGCACAUGUACACACCGAAAGUGGAACCAGAUGUUGAACUGCGAGUGGCCUUGGCUGCGGUGAAUACGAAUCGCAACCGCUACGCGGAUGAUUUGGACCUGCUCCCGUCUGAACGCUGGAGACCGAAACUCCCUGCAAAACCGCCUAUACAGGACUGGACAGGCUAUGUGAACGCCGUUUACCUGGAUGGUCCAGCGCUUCGCGAUGACCUCAUUCUGACCCAGACACCCAUGAGUUCCACUGUGGAUGACUUUUGGCUCCUAGUGGAGACGGAAAAGAUUUCCUGCAUUGUUGAUAUGGAACCUUUCGGAUAUGGUAUAAAAGGAGCAGUUCGUUACUGGCCCCUACGACCAGGUGAACUAAACUCUGAACCACUAUUCGAAGGCUCUUCGGAUGAGGAACGUGGCAACAGCGAGACACUAUCCGAAGUAGAGGAUGCCGCCGCUGCUCGUCGACCGUGGUGUGAAAUAGGCAAUAGUAGGUUGCAAAUCUGUCAGGUGGGUCCAUUAACGCCUGUGCUUUAUACUUCAAGAACAAGGGAGCCAGGAUCCAACCAUGGUAUCUAUCGGCGCCGAUUGUUAAUUCGCCGUCGUAUGGAACUGCAGAACAAUGCAUCAAACAGUUUGUGGGAGAGUCAGGAAAAGUCAAGAAAACGGGAGGUGGUAAUCUUCCACUUUACUGAGAAUUGGAAUGCUACUUCUCAAGUUCCUGAAUCUCGCUCUGCAACUGUGCACCUGCUGGAGGCGAUUCGACUGGAGCGUGGCACCGGUCCCAUACUGAUUCACUGUCUGAACGGUGCUACGCGUAGUGGCCUGCUGGCCGUAUGCUACGCCGUGACAGAGCGCAUGACACGGGAUCACUAUGUCGACCUCUUUCAUGUGAUCAAAGCGAUAAAGGUGCGCCGCAGAGCCGUUGUUUCCAGUCAGCCGCCUAACUUUCAGCAAUUAUUUAAAACAGUCGGGAUUCCUGAUGCAGCAUGGUCUUCCUAG